AUGGCCACCGUUACUACGACAUCUCAGCUUCUUCUCUGCACCAACCGCGCCAUUUUCGCGACCCGGGCCCGAUUCCGAAAACCCGACCCGGUUGCAUUGGAAGCACAUUUUUCGGCACCACAGUCGCUCAGGGUCUCAAAGCUGAAGCCACUAGUUGUGUGCCACGCGUCACGUCGGAAACCCACCACAGCUGUCCAACCAGAGACUGGAAAUGAAGAUUCCCGGCGACUGUUUCAGACUGGUCUCUGGGUUGCUGAGGCAGUCUACAUUUUAUGGCUGUUUCUUCUUCCUUAUGCUCCUGGAGACCCGGUGUGGGCUAUAAGUUCAGAAACAGUGAAUUCUCUUCUGGGCCUCUCUUUGAAUUUCUUCUUUGUGUUGCCUCUUUUCAACUCUGUUGGUAUUAAUUUUAUUGAUGCCCCAGUUCUUCACCCGAUGUCUGAAGGGCUAUUCAACUUUGUGAUUGGGUGGACGUUCAUGUUUGCUCCUUUGCUUUUCACUGAUGGGAAGAGGGACAGAUACAAGGGGUCUCUUGAUGUCUUGUGGGGAUUUCAGAUGUUCCUUACAAACACAUUUUUGAUACCUUACAUGGCUAUUCGGCUGAAUGCACCUGAAUCAGACUACACUCCCAGCAAGCGCUCACAGCUUGGAGAUGUGAUGACCAAAGGUGCUAGCAUCGUCGGACUUGUUGGUGGAGGGAUAUGUCUGAUAUCUGCAUUGUGGGCACUUUAUGGACGGAUGGACGGCAACUUUGGCGGCAUUUCUGAGCGUUGGGAGUUUUUGAUCAGCUAUCUAGGAUCCGAGAGGCUGGCUUAUGCAUUCAUUUGGGAUAUAGUUCUUUAUAGUGUCUUCCAGCCUUGGUUGAUAGGUGACAAUCUGCAGAAUGUUGAGAGAAGCAAGAUUGGUAUCGUAAAUUACCUUAGAUUUGUGCCCGUGAUUGGCUUAGUUGCUUACCUUCUUUGUUUGAACCUUGAUGAGGAACAGUAA